AUGAGCAACAAGCGUAACCUUCAAGUUACGUUCUCAAAGCGUCGCACCGGAAUUUUCAAGAAGGCUAGUGAGCUUACCACCCUUUGUGGCAUGAAUCUUGCUGUAAUUAUGUCCUCACCUGGUAAUCGGGUUUUCUCCUUCGGCAGCCCUAGUGUGGAUUCUGUUAUUCAACACUACACCGCACAGGGCCCACCUCCCCUCCUCAACCUAGAGCUGAAUGAGGCCUCCAUAGACGAGCAUGAGCUCCAUGUGCACCUUAACAACUUGUCCGACCAAAUUGCUGCAGAGAAGAAGCACAAAAAGGAUCUAAAUCGUAUGUUGAAUGCUGCGGAGGAACACGUUUGGUUUGUCAUGCCAAUCAAAAGCAUGAAUGAUGCCCAACUAGAGACGUAUAAGAAAAUGUUGGAGGAGCUAAAGACGUAUGCUAAUGAAAAACGUGAGAAGCUCCUCCAGCGCCUUCCCAACACCUCUAUGGGAGUAGCCACACUGACCCAUGACUUUAGGUUUUAA